AUGGGCAUCAACAAGCCCGACGUACGCUUUGUGAUCCACUACUCCUUGCCAAAGUCACUCGAGGGGUACCACCAGGAGACCGGCAGGGCGGGCCGUGACGGGGAGCUGGCAGAGUGCGUCCUGUUCUACUCAUACGCAGACGCCCAGAAGGGCCGCCACAUGAUGAAGCAGAGUGCGCAGGAGAACGCCACCCCCUGGGACGUGCUGCAGAGCAACGAGGCCGCGCUCAACGCCAUGAUCGCGUACGCCGAGAGCACUGCGGAGUGCCGCCGGUCCAUGCUGAUGCACCACUUUGGGGAGCGCGGGUUCGGCCCCGACCAGUGCGCGGGGACCUGCGACGUCUGCCAGCAGCUGGCGGCGGGCGGCAAGCAGGCGGUCAAGACAGACGUGACCGAGGAGUCGGCCGCCCUCAUCCGCCUGGUGGAGGCCAUAGACGGCCCCCAGCCGCACGGCGGCGGCGGCGGCUGGGGCGGCGGCGGCGCGGCUGCGGCGGCAGGCGGCAAGGGUUGGGCGGCGACCUACAUCCUGGAGCUGUUCAGGGGCGCGGUCAGCAGCCGCAACAGGCCACAG